CUCUCUCUCUCUCAAACUCGCCAGUCCUAUCGAUUCUCCAGGCAUGUUCCUCUUGUUAACCCUUCUCCCGUAGAUUCAUUUCCAGUUUGGUGGGAACUCCAGUACAAGUUCAAAAGCCGAGCGAGAUGCCGGUCUCUCUUAAGCAGAAUAUGAAUGUUGAGAUCCGUGAGAUGAUCAAUAGGGAUCCAUGGUCAUUGAAACAACCAAUACACUUUUGGGAAUCAUCUUUGCUCUUGUGGCUUUCAUCUGUGUUCUCGAGUUUUCGUCAUUCCAUCCCAAGAUCACCUGUCUACUAACCUGAGAUUCUUAGUUUCUGGAGCAUGUCUACUCACCUGGGCUUCUACACUCAGCAGAUCAUUUGCAUUCUACUUAUAUGUUCCCAUUUAUAUGGUCUGUUCAUGGCUAGCUUUCUUCUUUUCUAUCAGGUAGUGAAGCGACUACCAAAGAAAUUGAGCUCUUCUGCAGUGUUCCUGUACUCAACCCUGAUUGGUCUUACUGUUGUCAGUCUUCCCUACAUACCCGGUUGGUUUGAAGUUAUCCGAGAAACAUAUGCAAUUACACGCAAAUUUAGGAAUGUUGGCGAGCUGGCUAUGGUGAUUAAUAUACGAUUCUUUGAAACACAGUUUGGAUUGAUUGCUAUCAAUUCAGAGCUCCUCUUGGCUUACGAUGGGUCUAUUGACAUAGGCAUAUCUCGUGUCAUGUCUUGGUUCAUUCGGAUUUGGGCUACGGUUUUGAUUAUUCAGAGCUCAGAAGAUACUCGCCUUGCUGUAGGAGCGUUGGUAUGUGUACUUGUUGUCUCACCUUUACUGAGGAUGAUCACCAGAUUAAUUUUCCCAGAUCGCGGGACUCUGAUGGCCAAACUACUAAUCAUGAGGGAUGCAAUUAGAGAUGCUGUAGGACCAUUUGUCUGUAAAGGAGGGAUUUGUAAGAAGCUAUGGAAAAUCGGUACGAAAGAAGAUGAAGAUGAAGAUGAGAAGAGACUAGAAACAUCUGUUACUGUUGGUGAAAGUCAUACUCUUGUCUCGCAUUUUCCUACUCCCCCUAGGAUCAAAUUCUCCAGUGGCAAGGGGCCAGGACCUGAUGCACGUGUAGUCUACAUAGCUGGUGCGUUUGAUCUUUUCCAUGCUGGCCAUGUUGAGAUUCUCAGGCGUGCUAGAGAGCUUGGCGACUUUCUUCUUGUUGGAAUACAUAAUGACCAGACCGUGAGUGCUAAAAGAGGAGGGCACCCCCCAAUCAUGAGUAUGCAGGAAAGGAGCUUAAGUGUUGGGGCAUGCCGCUAUGUAGAUGAGGUGAUAUUUGGUGCUCCAUGGGAAGUGUCAAAAAAUACGAUCACGAUCUUUGGCAUAUCAUUGGUGGUUCAUGGGACAGUAGCCGAGAGCGACAAUUUUCAAAGGUAAAACUAGAU